CGGGGGCCCCUGCGCCGUCCUGCACCCCAGAGUCUGAGCUUUGGGUGGCCCACAGGGAAGGGCGCGCCGGUGAUCCGAAAAGGUGUCCCAGACCCAGGCUAGAGGUGAGCAUGGCUGAGCAGGAGCCCACAGCUGAGCAGCUGGCCCAGAUCGCAGCAGAAAAUGAGGAGGAUGAGCAUUCAGUCAACUACAAGCCUCCAGCCCAGAAGAGCAUCCAGGAGAUCCAGGAGCUGGACAAGGACGAUGAGAGCCUGCGCAAGUACAAGGAGGCCCUGCUGGGCCGAGUGGCUGUCUCUGCUGACCCGAGCUGCCCCAAUGUCAUCGUGACUCGUCUGACCCUUGUGUGCAGCACCGCCCCGGGCCCACUGGAGCUGGACCUCACAGGUGAUCUAGAGAGCUUCAAGAAACAGUCGUUUGUGCUCAAGGAGGGUGUGGAGUACCGGAUAAAAAUCUCUUUCCGGGUGAACAGGGAGAUUGUGUCAGGCAUGAAGUACAUCCAGCACACCUACCGGAAAGGCGUCAAGAUUGACAAGACUGACUACAUGGUGGGGAGCUACGGGCCCCGGGCAGAGGAGUACGAGUUCCUGACGCCCAUGGAGGAGGCCCCCAAGGGCAUGCUGGCGCGGGGCAGCUACAACAUCAAGUCCCGCUUCACAGACGAUGACAAGACUGACCAUCUGUCCUGGGAGUGGAAUCUCACCAUCAAAAAGGAGUGGAAGGACUGAGGCCUGGCCGAGAGGCAGGCAGGGUAGACGGACAGACGGAUGGACGGACAAACGUACCCCUCCCCAUCUCCCCACCCCAAACCAAAGUGCUGACAGGACCCCUCCCCGCCUCCAUCCCUGUCCAUCUCUGGAAGCUCCUCCUCCCACCGUCCCCUGCCCUCCUGCCCACAGGCUCCUGUGGUCUCUAGUGUCACGUUGCUGCUUCUGCCUGUGCCGUGUCGGGGAGGGGCUCCAGCCCAGCCUCCACCCCCUCUGUGUCCCUCCAAGUUCCCUUGCCCAUCUUCUCCAGGCCCAGACGACCCUGGCAUUCAGAGGGAGAGGAGCGCUGUGGGGCUACCGAGCCCCACAGCCUCCCACCCCUGCUGAGCAUGGGUGCGCACUGCCGGGCCCUGGCCAGUCCACCCUCUCCCGCCCUCCCAGUCCAUUUGUCGCUGUCAGUCACCGUCUAACCAUGAUGCCUUAACAUGUGGAACGUGUGCUGGGGGCCGUCGCUAACCCUUAACUUCCUCCUGUUUGCAUGAGCAUGUGGUCCCCGUCCCUGCCCUGUCUGUGAGCCCGUUGACCCAGGAGGCCUGGGGUGUGCUGCUGUAGCUCCUGUCCGGCUGCCAGGGCCUGGCCAGCCCUCCCACUCCAGCCAGCGCUCGGGGAGGGCCGGAUUGCCAAACCGCCUCCAGUCCCACCUGGGAGGCGGGUGUCCUCUGCCUUCUCUGCCCCCAGGCAGUGCGCACACCCUUCCCCACAGAGCCCUCGAGGGACAAAGCCAGCUGCUGAGCCUUACUUGUCCCACCAGGGCGCCACAGCCCCAAAACCUUGUGCCUGGCCUGCCAGUAUUUAUUGCCUCCAUUUGUGCCGUCCUCUGGGCCGGCCGGCCUGCUGCCUCCAC